AUGGCACCUAGAUCACGCGAAGAGCUUCUUUCCUAUGGGAUUCCUGAUCCUGACUACGAAGCCGAACUGGCCGCACGGCCUAUCCGGCCGCCACAGCCUAGCGACCCAUACUAUGGACGGGAUGACUUUUUUGCCUUACGCGAGCAUAGAGCAACCCAUUUGCGUGAAAAGCAUCACUUGCGAUAUCUACCUGGCCCCAUACCAGAACAGGUUCGAGAGGAAGACCGCAAGAUCACUACCAGAGAUGGUUACGAAAUUACCGUUCGUAUCUACACACCGGUGAAGGCACCAGCUGAAGGGAGCCCUCUGAUUGUCAUGUAUCAUGAAGGAGGUUGGUCAAUGGGCGACCUAACGGAUGAAGAGGUGAAUUGUCGCCUGUUCAGCCGCGACCUAGGUGCAGUCUGCGUCAACGUCGAGUAUCGACUCGCACCUGAAUUCGCGUUUCCCACGUACAUCAACGACUGCUGGGACGCCUUGCAAUGGGCCGCCAAGAACGCAUCGGAGCUGGGUGCCGAUCCCUCUCGCGGCUUCAUUAUCGGUGGCGGCUCAGCCGGGGGCAAUAUCUCCGCCACUCUUGCCCACCUAGCACGCGACAAUGAUCUCUCGCCGCCACUGACGGGCCAGUAUCUAUGUGUGCCAGCGAUCAUGUGUCUCCUCCCUCCCGAGGCUAUACCAGAGAAAUACCGAGCUGAAUACCUCAGCCACCCUUUCGUGACACCGUCCAAAGAUCCCGUCAUAGGCAUCAACGAUGAAGAAUCAAUCAAAGGCAUCCAGCUCAUCGUGAAACCAGACAUGGAGAGCCCGCUUUUCGUCCCUUUUCACUCUGGGAAAAUCGGCCAGGGCCACAAGGGGCUACCCCCUGCUUAUUUCCAGGUCGCUGGGCUGGAUCCUCUCAGAGAUGAAGCGCUUAUUUACGAGCGUGUGCUGAGGGAGGAAGCCGGGGUGAAGACCAAGCUGGACAUUUACCCUGGGCUUCCGCAUUACUUCUGGACCAACUUUCCUUACCUCAAACAAAGCAAACAGUUUGUUGAGGAUACAGUAAAAGGUGUACGAUGGCUCUUGGAGCAGAAAUAG